AUGGGCAACCAGUGGGCCAAGGAGGUCGGCGGCGAGCUGCCGCCCGGCUCGCGGCCGCGCCCCGAGAACGCGCCCAUCCCGCCGACGGGGCAGCGGCCCGUAUCGGACCGACCUAGAGCUGUCGCGCCGGGGCCCGCUACAAGUCCAAGACCACCCGAGGCACCAACCCCACCCAACAGAGGACAACCGAUGGACGUCGACCAGUCAAGUACAAACGACGACGAGGAAGAAGUCCCGACCGUAUUUAGGUGGGAGCACGGCGGGAGACAGGUUUUUGUGACGGGCACGUUCAACGACUGGACCGCACAAAUCCCGAUGCAUCGGAGCGGCAACGAUUUCACGUAUAUCCACAAUCUGAAGAAGGGUAAACAUGCCUUCAAGUUCGUCGUCGACGACGAGUGGCGCUUCGCUCCCGAUCAACCUACAGUAGCAGAUAUAGAAGGCCGCAUCAACAAUUUUAUUGACGUGACGGAUUUCGACGCGUACACUGGUGAUGAGAACUUUUUGGAGCGGCGAGGCGCCGUGAAAGAUGACGACGAGAAGUAUACUCGCGAAAUUCCGGACUUGGACGAGUACACGAAGGAUCCUCCACCGCUGCCACCGCAUUUGAGACAUAUCAUCCUGAACAAAGCACCACCUUCUGGGGAUCCGAAUGCUCUGCCCGUGCCCCAGCAUGUCGCUUUGAAUCACUUAUAUUGCACGGCCAUCAAGGACGGCAUGAUGGUGCUGGGCGUUACUCUUCGCUAUCGGCAGAAGGCGUGCACGACCGUGUACUACUCCGUUUCUUGAUCAGUAAGUUUAGUAGUCUAUUCUAGCUCGAGUUGGCGACCGUGAUGCGCGUAGUGAUCGUCGCGCGACAGUUGGGGCACUCGGCGAGCGCGGCGGCGCACGUCGAGCACACGAGGAGGUGGUUGCAUACACGAGGAGGUUCACACACGAGUAGGACGGCGCGCGGGCGCUCCAUGCACACGAUGCACUCGUUUCGGUCCUGCGCCUCGUCGCGCUCGCGCAUCGCGUCGUCGCGCUCGCGCGUCACCUUCGCGAGUGCGACCUUGAGCUCGCCGACGCUGGGCGCCUUCACGCGACCGCACGUGUGCGCGCGAUGCUUGCCCUGGCACGCCGGACAACCUGAUUGCGAUUGCGCGCGCGACGCGGGAGUCGCGCGACGUGACUUCCCGUAGCGCGAGCCGCACGAAGCGCAUAAAGUACCGGGGCCCUUCGGACCCCUGCACCGUCCGCCACGCCGAUCUUCUUGCGGGCGCCCGCACGAAUCGCACUUCCAGUCCGUAGGUUGCGGGCCCUCCUCGCCUCUGCGGAAGCGUUGUCCGCACUUGUCGCACAACGUCUUCGCACCCUUCGGCCCCCAGCGCAAUUUGCAGGUCUUCCCUUGCGAACACCCGCACCAGUCGCAGUGCCAAUCAGGCGCCCGUCGACCGGCGCUGAUUGGCUUCUGCUUUGAUUUUGACUCUUUUUUUGAGCUAGACUUGGCAGGCGCCGCCUUCCGACCGCGGCGACCGCCGCGACCCGCGUCCUUGCCCCCGGCGCGGGUCCUCAUACGCGCGUUGCUCACUCGACACAAUAGGUUAGGAACGGCCACCACGCGCAUCCGACGUCUGAAACGGAGGCGAACCAGCAGCGGUCCACAAAACCGCACCUGAACGCGAGCGGCAUCAGCCACUAUAUUGGUUUGGAGAUCACAGCCCGCCAAAAAGCGGAAAAGGCGUUCGCAAGCUACUGCGGCGCCGAGGAUGCAAGGAGUAGAAUCCACUACUACGAGGACUUAGUUGACGGCGCGCCCGGCUCUGAUAAGGCGUGGGCCCUCGUUCUGAAGCAGCUACGAACGUCACCUAUCUCUACUACGACGAGUGCGAACUUCACGAUCAUCCGCGGGAAACGGCCUCCGCUCGACUCCGUCGCGAAUCCGGACGAAGUUCGAAAAGCGCUGGCGAAUUCGAGGCACGCCUGGAUGCUCGAGGAGAAGGACAUGUUUGAUCGUCUGAAAUCAACACAUGCGCAUAGCCCGCCGCCGCGCGACCCGUAA